AAACGGCGCGCAGUCGAGCUUUCGUAGUCGGCAUCGGCCAUCCGCGACGCGAACUUUCACCCGGCCGACAGUUCCGCGCGCGUCGCGGCGCCACAAACGAAAUCAUCGCGCGUGCACAUCCGACGUGUAGCGAGCGGGAGAACGUUUCGGGUACAGAAGAAUCCGACGUGGAGAGGAACCGCGCACGGAGAUCUGCCGCGAUCGGACUUGUGUGCACACUUUUGACUCCGGAGUAAUUCGGAAAAAAAAACGGAGAGUUGAUCCCCGGAACUUUGGUCUCGGCGGGAGCCACGAGACCCGUCAUCAGUGCGAUUUGUUAGGAAAUGGGAAUUGAAGUUCCAGCGGGAGUUCGCUCCGCCGUCCCUUCGGACUGACUGCACUCGACGCGCGCGCGCGGGCGCGCGCGCGAUCGUCACCCUUCCGCGAGGACGAUGCCUUCUCCCCGAGGACGUUGCCGCGCGUCGAGCGAAUUGAGAUCGCGCCCCGUCGAGUGCGUCGAGCGCUGCUGAUUUUUCUCUCCGCUGCGCCCCUCGACUGCGCCCGCGGGCGAACGCGGGGUGCACGCGAAUGGAAAAACUGUCUGGGAAAACGAAAGCUGCUGACCGACGACGAACGGUGUCGCCUACUCUAAUUUUCAUUUCACCGGUCAUCGUCGCCGUUGCCCGAGGUCCGGCCGGUCCAUAAACCGUUCUGUUCGCGUUUCCGGUCGCAUGGCCGCGCGAUGAAACCAGCCGGCCGGAAGAGUUUCGAUGCUGUCCCCGGAAUUGCGGCGAGCCGCUCUUAACCCGGGUCGGGCCGCGAAGGAGGAAGAAAAGCGUCGACGGGAGAGUUAUCAUCGUGGGAGCCGAGUGAUAAUCGCACCUCGAAACCGUGGAUCCGCGAGGAAUGCGCGAGCUUCGCGCGAUGGAUUUUGUGCUGCUGCUGCUCGUGAUGCUGCUGAGGCAAGAGGUCGCCGGUCUGAAGCUACAGCACAUACGUGUCCCGACGUACCUUCUCAGUGGCGAGAACGCGUUUCUGGAAUGCGGAUACGAUCUCGAGACAGAGAAGCUGUACGCAAUUUCAUGGUACAAGGACCAGGAGGAAUUCUACAAAUUCAUAGCCCGAGGGGAGACUAACAAGCACAGCUAUCCUGUCGCAGGUGUUAAAGUUGACUAUCGGCACUCGGAUGACCAUCAAGUGAUUCUGCAGAACGUGAGUCUCCAUACGAGCGGCCAAUACAGGUGCGAAAUUAGCGCGGAGGCGCCGAGCUUCGAGGCGGUUAGUGGUGAGGCAAGCAUGGAGAUCAUAGAGCUGUCCCAGGAGAAGCCGGUGAUAGUCGGCGAGGAGAAAGUGUACGCGAGUGGCGACGUCCUCGCACUGAAUUGCACCAGCGGCAAGUCCCAUCCUGCCGCCCAACUCAAAUGGUUCGUUAAUGGCCAGCAGUUCAGGGUCACGCCAGUUUCGCGACGCCCUCGCUGUGUCUGCUGGCGGUUGCAGUAUUGCAGCGGCUUCUACUGCCCGUGUAAGACGCUUCCGGGACGACGCUGGGUGUCUCCAGGUCUCAAGGGAAAACAGGGAGGGAGCGGAUCACAGUGGAAACGGACAGCAAGGAGCGACGAGCGUUUCGUGAUGAAAGACAAUCAUACCUUAAUAGGGAGCGAAUCGUGACAUUCGAGCAGAGUCGUCCUCACGAUCCUAACGUCGUCGCAAACGACUUAGGAUCGAGGAAUCGAAGCUGCAUGGGUCAUAAGCUUGUCGUUUUCCCCGAGGACACUUCCGCCCUUCCGAUUUCCCGACGUAUGUAAUUCUAGAUAGUCUAAUUAACCACGAAAGAGAAUACGCGCGACAGCCGGAUGGAUACAUUCCCGCAAGUCAUCGCACGUGCAAGAAAUUCUUCCCCGGCGCUUGGUGAGAUUCCGAUGGAAUCGAUACCCGCGAAAUGCAUCUGGAUCGACCGCACUCGAGAAUUCGAGCUCUUCCUUGGCGGAUGAACUUUCGCAACUUUUCAACUUAGCGAUGUAUCUUAAAAAUAGACUUAAAAAAUCGACCGACCGGUUAUUAUAGGAAAUUCCGAAAUUGAACUUAGAAGUGUGAAUCUAGAAGUAAAGAUUUCAGUUUCAGUUACAUUUUAUUAAUGGUCCUCCCAGAUUAAACACAGGAAUAUAUGUGAUGUCGUCUCACGCAGCCAGACUAAAACAUUGACUUCCGUUUUCCCUCUGCGAGCUCGAACCCCGUGAAUCUUUAUCUUCCACACGAGUAAUUUCGUUUUAAUAGCUUAAAGAAGAAGGUAAGCCAAUCGUGCAGCCAAUCCGAGUCGUGAAAGAAGAAUAAGGAUUUUCGAGGAUAGAGAGAAGAAAGUAAGUAUUUUAACGCCGUGUCGGAAAUAACACCGGCGUGCGAUCGAGAGUUUAAGGGCCGCAUCAAGGGCGUAACGAGCUGGAAGUGCGCGCGGCGGUGUAGAUAACGGCGUGUAUCGAUUCCCAAGUGCAAUUUUCGUUACGAUGGAACACCUUUGACGUCUGCAGUAUUUUCCGGUCGAAGAAACAAGCACGCAGACCCCGAUGCUUCUUGCGUUUUCGCACUUGAAUUCUCUCGUUUCCGUUCGGAGGACGCGUUUGGACGGAUAAUCCGAACGGAAGUGCGGAAAUCACCAAUGUAUACGAAACACGACGUCUCGAGGAAGUGGCUUCAACGGGACCGCGUAAAAUUACGAUUCGCGUCACCACACAAAAUCUUUUUUGCAACAUAACUUCAUAAGAUUGCGAGAAAGAGAGAGAUAUCUGUUUAUCGGCAGCUUCGAGAAGAUGUUGCCACUCGACGCGAUAUCGUCGUCAGUGAUAAUGGGCGCAGCAGUUGUUGUCGAGAUGCAAUCGUUAUCGAUUGUACGCGCGAUCAAGUGUAAAUAUACAGAAGUACCUAGAUAGGCACGUUUUCGUCGGGUCCUUCGUCGCGUAAGCUUCCCUUUCGUCCUGAUUAUAACUUUUAAUUGGUACGUGUGAUUACUGUAAGAAGCCGAGAAAAGAAAUUUUCAAUAUUCGCACCGCCCCUUCCUUCUCCCUUUGGCGCGUUAAACAUAAUGCCAACGCGCAAAAUCUGUCGAGUACAAGAAAAGGUACAGCGAAAAGAGGAGCAUCUCGCGCCACGGGGAUGAACGACGAUACUACUCGCAGCCCUGCGAAGGGUCAAGGAGCCUAUCGGCUUACCGUUUACCCCGCAUGCGUUUCGACACCUCCCGACAUUGCACGUGAGCUCGGAAAACGCGAGAGGGGUUACAAUACGCGCGCGUAAAUAGUGAAUGUUUAUCUGUUCUUUCUAUUUUCUUCUUUUUUUUUAUUAUAUCGUGCAAUACGCACGCGUACGUAGGCACGCGUAUGCGGAAAAAACAGCGGCGCCAUCAGCGAUCGCGAGCGAUCGGAAAAUAUGAUUCAUCCACGUAAGCCGAUUAAUUUGCAAGGAUUCAACGUGCGCGCGGCUGACGCGGAUAUUUAUACAGGGAUCUCUCUCGUGCCGCGCGCGCGCGCGGAAAUGCAUUAUUUUUUCACCCGAGAUUAAUAGUUGUUACACUCCCGCCCGAAUGUACAGCUUCUCUGUUUUCGCGCGUCCACGUUACUGUGUUCACGCAGUUGUGUGACGCGCAGCGAUCUCGUAAUAAAUGCGACGCGGCGUAUUCUGCAGAUUCUCUCGCGACACGCGAUUCUGCGGCAAAAUCACCAGCCUGUUUGAUGAACAGCGAUAUCUCAACGGUACAGACAGGUGCCCUAAAUUGGGAAUAUUAAUUUUUGUGAUUAUUUUACAUCGCAGUGCACAUUUGCUCAGUUGUGCGAAAUUAAAAAUCAUUUGUUGGAAUUUAGUCGCGUCUCUAAAAAUGAUAAAGCGUACAAUUUUAAGAUCCGAAAAUUUAAAUAGUAUUUCCUGUUACAUUAAUUAUGCGCGCUCUUCGUUGCGCUAAAAAUAAACCUCGUAAUAAAAUCGGCUGUCACCAAUGAAGAGCACAGGAGCCGUCGUACACGCGUGGAAUACGUUACGUUACUCGCUUUGUCUCGCUGUCCUUCGCCGUGCAUUUUUAUGCGACGGCACGGCGCGCAACAAAUAUGAUCGUUAAGCUCUUCCGGUUCCACGCUCCGCGUCUCAGAAUCGAUAACUUCCUAUGUAACGACCGCGCGAGGUCCCGCGAUCGCAGAAUUGUUCGCGGGAUACGCUGCCCGUUUACGCGAGGGGAAAUCGCGAGAAACCGUAAUAAAGAGGAACACGAGCUCGUGCGAUCGUUCGUUUAUGGCGAUUUCGGGGCGCCAUAAAUCGUGCUUGGCUCGCGCAGGCGGUUUAUCGGCGAAUGUUGGCUCGAACGCGCUCGGAACGCGACGUGGAUAUGUCGUUCGAUGCAGAUGCGGUUCGAACAAGGAAACGGAGCGAUUUCUGACGAUUCUGUACGAUUUUUGGCGAAUUGUUGUAUGUAAUAUGACGCGACUUUGUAAGGUGAUGCAUGAAGUUUCGGGAGCGCUGGUUUAUCUCGCGAUAUUGCUGUGUCAUGGCUCAAGAAGGUAACACGUCAUCAAAAUCGUGACAAAGUGCGAAGGUACAUGUACUGCAUUAAUAACGCAUAUGCAUGUAACCGCGUUGUGAAUAUUCGUUUCUUUCGAUCCAUUCUUUUUUACAUGAUCCUCAAUUAACAGAAAUUAAUGUUAACGCGGUUACAACCAGCUAUUCGAAAGAACACCUCGGGGUUUUAAAUAUAGAACAGCUUUGACCUGCAAACGCAGAUAGACUCUUCACCGAAACGCGCGCGUCGCUCUCGUAUCAAUGAAAAGCUCCAAAAAA